AACUUUAUUUCACGGCGCUCACGAUCUAAUACGCGUACGUACAGGGCCACGUAUCUCUCGAUGACAGGGUUUUUUGAAGUUGUCACUGGAAACAUCUUACCAUAAUGUCUUUGCACGGGUUUGCAACAAUAGAUGGAAUCUUGGGAACUUUCAUCUUCCGUCAUACCAACACUCUCCACGCCCUUGAUCUUGGUAAUACUGCUCUGUCAAGCAGAUGGCGAGGAAGAAGGGAACCCUGCUUCUUGGAUUGACUUUUCACUCUUCCUAAACGAGUCUAUGGACCUCAAAGGUGUGAAUUUCCGUCAAAAGUUAUCAAACGGGGUUUGCAGGGCGGGCUACUGUCCUAGCGCUGACUCGAAACAUGAUUAUAUCUGUUGUAGCAAUCGACGGGUCAACGAUUCGAAUCCAUUCGAUUGCUUGAGAUAUCGCAUUGAAGGGUUCCUAACACUGGAUGAGCCCUGUCCUUUGAAGUCAUUCUACGAAGACGCGGACUUGAGACUUUGUUUUGGCCUUCCUUGGAUCUUUACGACGGAUAGGCCGUGGGAAUUCCGUGCGAGAGACCUACCAAACUUCAGUCAACAUGAGUCGGUUCCUUCCAACGAUUGAUAUUGUAUUGGAUGGCUCGAGUACCCCCCUUCUCCCGUUCAAUUGUCACAACCACUUUGCAAAUUGAAUGAAACAAAAUCCAUCGCCUUCAA